AUGGGAGCCCGUCUCAUCCAGCAGAGGGAGUCUCUGCUGGCUCGUCUGGAGCUGUUUGAGAGGGACGCUUCUGAACCCAACCGCUUGUUCCUGCAAGGCUACCAGGGCACCUCUCUAGCCAGGUUGGAUGAGUCCAAGCACCGGAGCAAACUUAACUCCCAGAUCUGUUCUCUGGAGAAGGUGUUGUCUAAGAUUCUCCACCACAUUACAGACAGCUUCCACGACACUGUCACCUACAAGGGGAGGCCGUACAGGGAGAAGAUGCGUUGGGACCGCAUCGAGAUGCUCUACUGGCUGCAGCAGGAGCGCCGGGUCCAGACUCUGGAGAGGGUGGUGGAGGGGAGGAGCUCUCUCCCCACCAGACUGCCCCCCCCCCCCAACCCACUUCAGCGGCUGUACCCGGGCACCCACCCCACCCCCCAAGGACACACCCUGACCCUCAGCCUGAGACCCCACCCUCACACACACAGCCGCUCCAACCCAACCCAGCCGAGCUCAGUGUAUCCGGUAUACGUUUGA